UGGAACUUACAUUGAAAAGAAAAAAACAUAACAUGGGAACUUACAUUGAAAAUUUUGUAGAAGAGAAAGAACACAUUUUUCGUAGCCAAUACUCGCCUGUUCCGGUUCCGGACAAUGUGACAUUACCAGAAUUUGUGCUACAAAAUGUUGAAUUGUAUGGUGAUAAAGUUGCAUUUGUGGAUGCUGAGAGUGGAAAAUGUGUCACAUAUAGUGAAGUUGAGAGAGAUAUACAUAGAUUUUCAAAGGCUUUGAGAUCUCUUGGUUUGAGAAAAGGGAAUGUUGUGAUUGUAGUGCUUCCAAAUAUUGUUGAAUAUGCAAUUGUUGCUUUGGGGAUUAUGGAUUCUGGUGGUGUGUUUUCAGGUGCAAAUCCAACUUUGCAUGCUUCAGAAAUUAAGAAACAAGCUGAGUCUGCUGAUGCCAAAUUAAUUGUCACAAAUAGUGUAACUCAUGAAAAGGUGAAAAAUCUAGGGCUACCAAUUAUUGUACUAGGAGAUGAACUAAUUGAAGAUGCUAUGAAUUGGAACAAACUUCUUGAAGCAGCAGACAGGGCAGGUGAUGACUCAAUGAAGGAACAAAUUCACCAAAAUGAUCUUUGUGCCAUGCCAUUCUCAUCAGGCACAACAGGAUUGUCAAAGGGUGUAAUGCUCACUCAUAGAAACCUAGUAGCAAAUCUUUGUUCCACACUUUUUGGUGUAGCACAAGAAAUGAUUGGUCAAGUCACAACAUUAGGCUUAAUUCCAUUUUUUCACAUUUAUGGCAUCACUGGAAUAUGUUGUGCUACUAUUAGGAACAAAGGGAAAGUUGUUGUCAUGGGAAGGUUUGACUUGAAAACAUUUUUGAAUGCUUUGAUAACACAUGAGGUCACAUUUGCACCUAUUGUUCCACCUAUUAUUCUUGGAUUAGUUAAAAAUCCUAUUGUGGAUGAAUUUGAUCUCACUAAGCUUAAACUUCAAGCUAUUAUGACUGCAGCAGCACCACUUGCACCUGAAAUACUCACUUCCUUUGAACACAAGUUUCCUGGUGUUCUUGUCCAAGAGGCAUAUGGACUAACUGAACAUAGUUGCAUAACACUUACACAUGCACAAAAAGGAUAUGGAAAUACACAUAAAAAUUCAGUUGGAUUCAUCCUUCCAAAUUUGGAAGUGAAGUUUAUUGAUCCUGAUACAGGUAGAUCUCUCCCAAGGAACACACCAGGGGAACUUUGUGUAAGGAGCCAAUGUGUAAUGCAAGGUUACUAUAAACAGGUGGAUGAGACUGCUCAAACUAUUGACAACAAUGGAUGGCUUCACACUGGUGAUGUAGGAUUCAUAGACGAUGAAGAAAAUGUUUUUAUUGUUGAUCGUAUUAAGGAGUUGAUUAAAUAUAAAGGCUUCCAAGUUGCUCCUGCUGAAUUAGAAGCUAUUCUGUUGUCUCAUUCGUCGGUCGAAGAUGCAGCUGUUGUACCGUUACCGAACGAAGAGGCAGGGGAAAUCCCAGCAGCAAGUGUUGUUUUAAGCAUAGGUGCAAAAGAGAGUGAACAAGACAUUAUGAACUAUGUUGCUUCCAAUGCUGCUCAUUAUAAGAAAGUGAGAGUGGUUCACUUUGUGGAAGCUAUACCAAAAUCACCUUCUGGUAAAAUAAUGAGAAGGCUUAUCAAAGAAAAGAUGGUGGAAAAAAUGAAGGAAAAUUCCCUAACAAAAUCCAACACAUCUUCAAAUUAGUAAAAAACAAUUAUAUAAUAUGCUUUAAUUGAGGUUUCAUAUGUCACCGUCUAGUUCAUUGGUAUUGUAAUGUUGUUAAGUGAUGGCUAAUUUGACAUCAUGUUAUUUUAGCAUAUGUUGAAAUUAGUGUUUGAGAAUAAAAUUUGAUAAUUAUAUGUUGGUA